CUGGUCACAGGUAACUACCGACUUAUCUCUUUCGAAGGGCAUGCUGAUCUCGGUCAGCCGACCUAUAUUGCAAAGGACAUGAUCAUCAUCUCUACUAAUCUAACAGGAAGAUAAGCUUAAGCGAUUAUCUCGACAAUGGUCCAUCAAGCAGCUACUCGCCUGGCUACGUCUUGUACGGAAUGUCAGCGUCGAAAGCAAAAGUGUAGUCGCGAUUGGCCAUGCAAUCACUGUCAAGCUAGAAGAGUGGCCCAUCUAUGCAAAUUCCCUGCCAAGAAGGCACUAAAAGUUACUAGGUCUAUGGCCAAAACUGCAAGCCUAGAUAAUGCAAGAGCAGCUUCCCCACAACCGAACCUGGAGACAUCCAGUCUUGGUGGAAUUGCGGCAGUCACUAACGACAAUGCUUUUCGUAUGCUUGGAUACCUUCCUGGUACCGAAGCAACAAACCAGAGCGCUGAAAACUAUCAAUCGGCUGCGAUCUCUCUGGACCUUCCAAGUAUGGAUCAACCGGAGAUGAAGGAGGCUAUGCGUGGACUGCCUCCGAAGCCAAAUGCAGACAUCUUGGUACAGUAUUUUCUCAGUGAGAUCAACGAGCAAUACCCUUGUGUUUACCCACCUACUUUUUUGCACGACUAUGCUAUUUGGUGGUCUGGUAAGGCCAAGGGUCAGGCCUUAACUCCAGAAUUUACCUGUUUAUUGUUGCGAAUCUGUGCCUGCGCGACGUUAUAUCUCGACAAUGAUGCACGACACAAGCUGGAGGCAGACCUCGAAGAGAACGCCCAGAACCUCGCGGAACGUUAUCAUCGUACUGCCAAGCAGCUCAGCACAACCAUUGCCCCGGGACAAGGUGGGCUGACCCAAGUGCAACAAUUAUUCCUCAAUGCAGUCUAUUGCAAAAUUGAAGCACAGUUUGUCGAAUCAUGGCAUGCUCUAGGCACUGCGAUUCAUCAGGCGCAAGAGUUAGGCUUGCACAAGGCUUCGUUCAAGGUAAUCACCUCAGAAUUCGAACGCGAAAUGAGAAGGCGGAUUUGGUGCAUCUUGUAUGAUUGGGAUUGGCAAAUGUCUCUCCUACUCUCGCGACCUUUCAUAAUCAAUAGCAACUACUGCUCUGUCGAGCUGCCAAAUUUAUGUCUGGAAUCCUCCGACCCUGAUGAAUUUGAACUUUCACCAAUCGCCCACACAGCCUAUCAAUGCCAACUAGGACAAACUAUCUCCAAGAUACCCGGUGUGAUGGGUGGCUUAAUGACCUCCGCGCAGGCCAUUGCCAUCCAACAAGAAACCGAGAGAUGGUUCAAGACCCUCCCCGCGGCAUACAGACUUGAGAACCCUGACACUCGCUGGGACCAGUCUCACAAAUUUGUAGCGCUGCACCGAUAUCAGUUACACUCAAUCGGGUAUAUGGUCAUGUUUCUUCCUCUGAAACCAUGUCUUACCAUGAAUGUAGAUGACAAACCCAGCGUUGAGAGGAGUCUUCGACCCAUUGCGAUUGAUUGCGCACUGAAGCUGAUGGAGUCAUCGCAGCGGAUGCUAACUUACAUGCUACCUACAAGUGCCAAGUUCUACUUCGCUCCCUUCAUCAUGUUUGACACGGCAGCCUUCUUAUGCUCUGCAAUCAUUCAUGAUCGCACCAGAACUCUGCCCAAUCAAGACAGGAUCAUCGAAGCUAUUGGGUCAGCCCAAGAAGCGCUCAAGCAGAUAUCCGAAAGUACAAAGACUGGCGCCAUCUGCUAUGCAGCACUUACCAGACUUGCGGGUAGUAUGCCUCCACGUCAGGAGGAGAAUGCGACCAUGGUCUCUCGAAGUUCCGACGAAUCCAUUGAAGGGCCUUGUACACCUCCCUCGGCUCCACUAGGACCCGAAACAUAUAAUGACCCUUACUUUGCAGAAAUGGACGCUAAAAUGCUCGGGAACUCAACCGAAGCUGGCAUUGUAGAUGCGUCACUGGCAGGACUGAAUCCUUUCCAACCAGGAAACAAUGAACUUGCCGAAUUAGACGACCUUAUCAACAUUGACAUGUGCGAACUGAGCCAAAUAUGGGACUGGAAUACCCUUGAUUUGACUCUUCAACCCCCUCCGGCUGCUUGAUGGCCUUGACUGUGUUGUGAAUCUAUGACAGUGUACAUCAGGUGAAGACAUGAAGGAAACAAGCCCCACACAAGUUUGCUCGAUGUGAAAGCCUGCAAGAGAUUCAACAGUGAAAUAAAUACUUUUCCCAUUUGGGAAGUAGUACAGAUAACCAUCUGGCAUAUUGCAGUCUCUUUGAUGGUCAGCUUCACCACUUUUGCAAGUUGUGAAGCUGGGUCCUGCAAUCUACACAGUAGAGCAUAGAGCGAACAGAAGCUUCUUGAUUGGCUGCAGG